AUGGUCCCAGUCCCCACACGCCGCCUAAGACGGCCGAAAGUCAAAGGCUGUUAUGAGUGCUCCCAGCGUCGGAUCAACUGCGACAGGACGGAGCCUUCCUGCCAAAAAUGCAUUCAUAAAGGCAUAUCUUGCUCUGGACUGGGAGUGCGAUAUCGGUUCAAUCAUGGUGUUGCCUCUCGAGGAAAAUUAGCCGGCAAGAAUAUAACAGGAGAGAGGUUACAAAUGAACUUGUUCUUUUGUUGUGUAUUCCUGCACAGCUUACUGAUAUUCCACAGAGCUGACCCAGUACCCAAGUCGCCAUGCACCGACGCGCGUGUGAUGGAAUUUGAGCCGGACAUUUUAUGCCCAAGUAACUUUCUUGACCCUUUGGGCCCAUGGAACAGAUACUUGGUUACCUAUUUCCGCUUGAUAAAGUCUGCCACUGAAUGGGAUCUAGUUAGCGAGCACAUCGCACCAGCAAUGGUCGCUAUCGACGACGAAUCGAAUGGCUACCGAGCAAUCAUCCUUCCUGUGGCCGAAUGGCAUAGACCUGUUCUUAACGCAGUUCUUGCGUCAUCUACAUAUCAUAUCGCCCUGAAACUCAGUAGUCAAACUGAGGCGUUGCAACAAGCACAGAUUUUCUACAUACAGGCCAUCGAUGAGUUGAUGCAGCUUUCCUCCAACGUCAACACCGAGCCAACCCAGACCUCGCGCAUACUGACGACAGUUGUCAUGUUAGUCUGUGCAAUGAUCACUGGAAGCUCCGACUUUCCCAUCUUGUAUAAAAUGCUUGAGCAUUCAAUACAAGCCAGCAAUACUCAAACAAGGCGUGGCAAACUCGCGUUUGACUCAUUUGUGGAACUUCAAAUGCGAAAGUUUGAACUAUAUGCUGGCCCAUUUCUUGACCCUAAAGUGGCCAUAAACAGGUUCAAUGACACAGAGUCUAUCGACCGCGGACUAGGCUGUCUUCUUCAAUGCUCACAGCUCCACCCUGAGUAUUCUGUUGUUCUGGAAAGAGCAUCAAGGUUGAUUCACAUUGCUUGUCUUAUUUACUCCCUCCGUGUACGCAAUGACCUCAGCCCUGGAAAAUCGCGCCAGCUGGUAGAACAAUACCGGCAGACUAUCUCCCAAUACCAUCAUGAGAGUCCUGGCUGGAAAAUUCUCAUUUGGCCCACCUUUAUUGUCGCUGCAGGAACUGUCGAUCAUGCCCAUCGAUCAUUCUUCACCUCUAUAUUUCAUGACUUCUUCAAAAAGACCGGUUUCGGGAACCUUCGUACAGCGUUGAAUAUACUAAAAAGCAUUUGGCAAGACAGUACGAGCGCGAACUGGGCAGAAGCUCUACCACAAUGGAAGUCAUUCAUCAUGUAA